AUGCCGAGAUGGGUGGAAGUGUACCUGUUGAGUGGCAAGUGCCUCCGUUUCCCGGUUUCCAUGGGCGCGUUCGUGUCGGACGUGCUGCUUGUCCCGAUGAAAGAGGAGAUCGACCAGAAAUGGACAAUCAAGCCUGCUCAUCAGGUGCUCUUCUGCCUAAGCACAGCGCGAAGAGCUCCCUCCAAGCUUUAUGACUCCGAGAGGUUGUGCAACUUGCAAGCUGUGGAGGAUACUCUGCAGCUCCAAGUUGUUAUCGUCGGCGGUUCUGCACAGACCUUCCGCAGAAUGUCUCUGCAACCCCAGGUCGUCAGGCCAGAUCAUGGAGUGAAGCCGGACACCAGUAGUGGCUCUCGCUAG